AUCUCCAAAGGCGGUCGGAUCGAUCCCAUCACACGAACCGCAUUACGAUAUACCAUUUCUCCAAGAGAGUACGAGCUCCUCCACGCAUACCUCAUCUCUCGCGCGCCGGCAAAAGUCCAGAAGAAAACACCGAGUCCACCACGAUAUGAGAAGAUUACGGCGAGCAGUUCGGAGGGAGGAGAUUACAAUACAGCUGCCGUACGAGCGGCACUGCGGGUCUUUGUUGGGUUGUACUCCGUGUUGAAGGGAAUCGAAGUCGUAACAGGAGCUAUUGCGAAGCGAAGAGGUGGAGCUGCAAAGACUGUGAAUGCGGCAGCAGUCGGUCCACCACGAUAUAAGAAUGCCAGGGUUGCGCUGUCAUUCUCUUCGAUCCUGCUCUUCCACAGACUGUUGCAUCGUUUCUUCUUGCGAAUACGUACCUCACUGCAAGAAGACAAUGCUGCGCCAUUCCGAAGACGGAAUCCCGGCAUCACCAAGGCCCUCACAUCAAAAUACACACCUGCUCUAGGCGCAUCUCUCGCUGGAUUCCUCCUCGGCCUCUCACCCUCCGACCAAAUGCGAGUGACCAUCGCCAUCUACGCCCUUUCACGCAGUCUCGAGUACGGCUACAACGCACUCGCCGAGAAUGGCUACAUCUGGGGCAAAGACAGCGAGUCCCGUCCGUGGUGGUUCGGAAGCUGGAUGCUCGUCCCCUUCACCUGCGGGCAACUCCUCCACGCCUUCGUCUUCGAUCGAGACUGCUUUCCCGAAGCCUUCGGCGCCUUCAUCCUCAAGCGCAGUCCCGAAUACAUCCAAAUCCGACCCGCCAACUAUCCUUCCAACAAACCCUGGCCACACACCUUCGACAUCGUCGACGGCCUCGCUGAAAUCAGCAAGCUCAAAUGGCCACCGUUCGUCUCGCCAAUCCUCUUCCCAAACAACAAACAGACUCUGCCUGGCUCAAUCGCCGUUCAACGUCUCGCUCCAAUCACCGCUCCCGCCCACCCAGGUACUAAGCACACCUCCUGCGCCAUCCUCCACCCUCACGAUCCCUCCUGCGCCCGCACAUACCUCAAAUACUGGAUCACAGCAUUUCCAGCCAUCGCCAAAUUCUUCACACUAUUCUACGGCGCCUUCGCUCUCCUGGGGUACAAAUCUCUCAUCGCGGCUCCCGCGCCCUUCCUCAACCGCGUCAGCAAGCGCAUUCUCGCCAUGUCUAUAUUCGUCGCCGGUUCGAUCGGUACAUCCUGGGGCUCGAUUUGUCUAUUCCACACCUUUCUUCCUCGAACCACACUCCCGACACAACGCUGGUUCCUCGGUGGAUUCCUGGGAGGGAUGUGGGCUUUCGUGGCAAGGCAUAGAGAGCGGGACAACUUCAUGUACAGUUUGCGAAUGAGCGUGGACAGUUUGUGGAAGGUGGGAAAGAAGCACGGCUGGUGGAGGGGCGUCAAGAAUGGAGACGUGCUUGUGUUUGUGGCCAGUCUGGCGCUGGUUGAUUUUGUCUAUGAGAAGAAUCCGGGCGCGGUGCAAGGAAAGGUGAUCCGGAAGGGCAUGGGUAUGUUGAGAGGAGACGGUUGGGUUGAUCGCGCUGAAGCUGUGAAGGAGGUGGAGGAAGAGGAAGAGAAGAAACUC